AGUAGUGCCGCGCAAACACGUGCUUAAUGUUUACGUUCAGAAGUUGUGGUGAUGUUUGGGACCAAAUGCGGACAAUUGGUGGCCAAAUGCGUGGCACACAGUCUGCGCACUCAACUCAGACACAAGUCCUACGACCUGUCAUCACAUAAAUUAAGACAAUUCUUGUCGCAAAACAGUCUUCGAGUGUCUGUACCGGCGAUGAAGACCUACGAGUCCACUGAACACGAGUUGAAUGAACUGAUGGCACACAUGGAUGAGCAACACGUGGACAAAGAGCUCCGGGAUCUCAUGGACACCGAACGCCACGAACUCACUGAUCGCAUGAGACAACUGGUGGACAGUAUGAUAAGCGACGCCAUGUUUACCGCCGAUGACCGCCAUAUAUCUGAGUGCUGUCUGGACGUGAACUGCGGUGUCGGCGGUCAGGAGGCGAUGCUAUUCACCAAAGAGCUGCUCGACGUGUAUGUCAUGCUCUGCGAUCACCAGCGCUGGAAGUACUCGAUGGUGGCCAACGACUGCGACACCGACUUCGGAGGCACCCGACACUCGUCGCUCAUUAUAUCGGGAACUGAUUGCUACAGACUUUUGCGACACGAGGCGGGCGUACAUCGGGUCCAGAGGUUCCCGAAGACUGAUCGACAUAGAGUGCACACAUCGACCGCAACGGUAUCAGUGAUACCCGUCCGGCACGACGUGAUUGACAUCAAAGACAGUGAUCUGGUGUUUAAGAUGACGACAUCGCAGGGCGCCGGCGGUCAGCACGUGAACCGUACGCUGACGUGCGUACGGGUGACCCAUACGCCCACCGGUGUGUCCACCGAGUGUCAGGAGACCCGAAGUCAGCUCCAGAACAAAGACAUUGCGUUACGGAAACUGAAGGCUAUUAUCAAUGAAAUGGCGUACGAGAAGAAGCGCACGGAAGAGGUGACGACUAAGAGGGCACAGGUAGGCAUCGCCGCCCGCAGUGAUAAGAUCAGGACCUAUAACUUCCCGCAGAAUCGCAUUACUGACCACCGAUUGGGUGAUGAUAUCCACGAUAUCGAGGUCUUCAUGAAAGGCGGUUCCGAGAAGUUGUUGUACUUCUUGAAUAAAUUAGAGGAUCAGAGACAGAGAUUAGUGUUGAGUAGGAUUAGCGCCGAUUUGGAUCAGUUCUUGAGCUGA